AUGAGGGAUGAUGACUUUGAUGAUCUGCUUGGCAAAGUAUCAAUAUUUUGUGGCAACAAUGAUAUUGAUGUUCCUAACAUGGAUGAUUUAUUUGUACCACAAGGGAGAUCACGUCGUAAAGCUCAGAAAAUCACAAACCGCCAUUAUUAUCGUGUGGACCUAUUUCUUACUAUCAUUGAUAAGCAACUAGUGGAAUUGAAUAAUCGCUUCACUGAGAGCAGCACUGAGUUUUCAUCAUUGAAAGGAAUUACUGAUCUGGCAGAAAAAUUGUUUUACCCGUUGCAACAGCUUCAGUUGAGAGAGCUUUUUCAGCUAUGA